AUGUUUGUAUUGCUGUGUGGCUAUCCUCCCUUUUUUGGGGACUCCGACCAAGAAGUCUUAUCCAAAGUGAAGAUGGGCAACUUCAGUUUUAACCCCGCAGACUGGAAGAAUGUCUCGGAGGAUGCCAAAGACCUCAUACGGAACCUGCUGAAGAUGAACCCAAGAGACAGGUUCACUGCAGACCAGGCGCUUCAGCAUGAGUGGAUCAAGCUCAAGGCGCCCAAGGCUCAGAACGUCAGCCUCCAGUCCAACUUUGUUGACAACCUCCGGGGCUUCCGCUCUCAGAACAAGCUGAAAAAGGCGGCUUUGCACAUCAUCGCCGGACAGCUGAACGAGGAUCAGAUCAAACAGCUCCGCGACAUCUUCAUGAUGAUCGACGGAAACGGGGAUGGCUACCUGACGGUCAACGAGCUGAAAGAAGGGCUCUCGAAGGCGGGCUUGAAAGACAUCCCAGGAGACUUGCUGCAGAUCAUGCAGGAAGUGGACUCAGAUGGGAGUGGGAACAUCGACUACACGGAGUUCCUUGCGGCGACGCUGGAUAAGAGGAUGUACAUCCAAGAAGACGUUUGCUGGUCUGCCUUCCGCGUCUUCGACAGGAAUGGCGAUGGAAAGAUCUCCAUGGACGAGCUCCAACAGGUGCUCUGCAACGGUGAUGUAGAGGAAGUUGUCGGCACGAAGGCCAUCGCAGAGUUGAUGCUGGAGGUGGACGGCAAUGGUGAUGGCUUCAUCGAUUUUAAGGAGUUCAUGUCAAUGAUGCGGGACCACUCAAAGGGUGGUGGAGGGGUGGCGCAUUCCUCUGCGUGA